UUCUAAACGACUAGAAAUGUCAAUCUGAGCAAGGGAGUCCCAAUAAUCUGAAGCAAUCUGUAAGGACCUGACCUUAGUCCAUCCAGAUCAAUAGGGAAGUGAGGGUGGAAAGAAGACGAAGAGGAGGAAGAAACAAGGGGCGCAAUCGGGAUCGUUUACACUGGCUGUUCCCGAGGAAAUAUAGACUUCCCGUCCCUGACAUCUUUUGUUGCUCACAUGUUCACACUGUAAAAGUGGAUACCGAGGCAAGUCCGUUGCUGUGCGAGGCUGCAGAAGAGUCUUCCUCCCCGCUUCCUACCAACAUGUCUUUCCCUCAGCUGGGAUAUCAGUAUAUCCGACCGAUAUACGCGCCGGAGCGCCAAGGGAUCGCCGGCAGCGCCCGGGCCGGGACGGAGUUGAGUCCGUCCGGCGCACUUUCCAACGUUCUCUCCAGCAUGUACGGAUCUCCUUUCGCCGCAGCCGCGCAGGGCUACGGAGCCUUUCUACCUUACUCCAACGAAAUAUCCAUUUUCAACCAAUUGGGUGCUCAGUAUGAUCUGAAAGACGGCCACAGUGUCCAGCACCCCGGGUUCGCCCCCCAUCACCCUGCUUUUUACCCAUACGGCCAGUAUCAGUUCGGUGACCCAUCCAGACCCAAAAACGCCACCAGGGAGAGCACCAGCACCCUGAAGGCCUGGCUCAGCGAGCACCGCAAGAACCCCUACCCCACCAAGGGCGAGAAGAUCAUGCUGGCCAUCAUCACCAAGAUGACCCUCACCCAGGUGUCCACCUGGUUCGCCAACGCCAGGAGGCGGCUAAAGAAGGAGAACAAGAUGACCUGGACCCCACGGAACCGCACCGACGAAGAGGGGAAUGUUUACACCAGCGACCAUGAGGGGGAGGAGGGGGACAAGAGGGAGGACGAGGAGGAGAUUGACUUGGAGAACAUCGACACGGAAAAUAUUGAGAGCAAGGACGACUUGGACGAACAGGACGACCUUCACUCAGACAUUAAACUAGACGGAAGGAGUGAUUCUGAGAUUUCGGACGGGUAUGAGGAUUUACAAGGGCCAGAGCAGAGGUUUCUGAAGGCUGUGGGGAAGGAGGCCAAGGAGGCGCAGAGAGGAGGGGAGCUCUUCCACAGCCACCACAAUCACCACCACCACCACCACCCAUCUUUGGACAUCAAAGUGUCCCAACCAAACGCAGAACAGCUCAAACUCAACCCGGUGUCCGUCAGCUCUCCGGCCUCUGAGAAUAACCCAGCCCCGGCCCAGAAACCAAAGAUCUGGUCCCUGGCAGAGACGGCCACGGCCCCCGACAAUCCGCGCAAGUCGCCGCAGGUGAACGGCAGCGGGGCGGCAGCGGCAGGAGGAGGGACGGCCACCCAGACCAUCCUCGGUCCGCACAGACUAAUCUCUUCCUGUCCCGUUGGAAAAAUCCAGAACUGGACGAACCGAGCGUUCUCGGCGCACCAGCUGGCUUUACUGAACUCUAAUCAUUAUCUGGGACUGGCGAACCAGGCCACCGCCACCAGCCUGGCCCUGUACAGCAGCAGGCAAACGGAGGACAAGAGUCAUAAUUCAGAGACUCCAGUCACAGGUACAUGCUCCCGGCACUGAGACCCGCAUGUAGAAAAAACAAAACUCCAGAGACACUGUAGGCCAUUUCCUGUCAUUCAUUUCUUUCAUUUUAGAUUUCCCUUUGCCUUCUUCACCUCAUGGAUAUUUUUUCUCUCUCUAAGGCCACACAGACGAUCAGUGUUAAAGUGGUACAGCUAGGAACAGACAGUGUGUGUGUGUGUGUGUGUGUGUGUGUGUGUGUGUGUGUGUGUGUGUGUGUGUGUGUGAGAAAUUGUUGUGAAAAGAAGCUCAGCACUAUUAAAUAUUAAAGGAAACAAAGGCAUUUAAGAAAAAUGCUGAAUUUGCUAAAGAAAAAAAAACUAUUCCCAAUUUUCAUCAUUACAUUGAUUUAGAGAGAAGUUCAAGUGUUUUUUUUUUUUUGGUUGUUGUUGUUCCUUCAAGACGGAUAAUUUUCUAACAAAAGUCAAAGUGAGUUGAGAUAAUAGGGAGCAAAAUUAGUGCAAUUUCAUGUUAAUUUUCUGUCCCUCAGUUGCAGAAAGAUCUAGUGCCUUUGGAUGCAAAGAAAACGGCAGAUCAAACAGACAGAAGACUGUCUGAUUGUGACAGUUUAGAUUUUUUUUAUUUUGAUGCCAUCUCAUUUUUCUUCUUUUUCUUUUGUUCUGCUUCUUUUUUCUAAAGCCAUAUUUUCCCAAAUGAGCUUUGAUUCUGAGAAUUUCAUUCAUCCCCGUGUGUGUGUGUGUGUGUGUGUGUGUGUGUGUGUGUCUGUGUGUGUGUGUGUGUGUGUGUGUGUGUGUGUGUGUGCGCGCGCGCGCGUCCGCGCAUGGGUGUGUAUGUACACCACUUGUGUUAUUUCGUUAAGGCCUCUCUCUUUACACUUGUUUUGGUCAUGCAAAUGAGCUCAAUGCAAAUUCACUUCAGGCUCGUUUUAUUAAAGGCAGGUGUCACUUUUAUCUCACUUUACGGUUUAGCUCUUCAUGAUGCUGUUAUUACUGUUUAUUUUCUCCUACCCCGCACUGCAUUUUUAUUUAGCUUUCACCCCCGUGUAUUUCAUUUUAAGGCGUCAGGACCGACUUAAAACAGCGACGGUUCCCGGCUCCUCUUUUCCUCCUUCUCAUCUUUUAAUUUGAAAUCGAAUAUGGAAUGUAAAAUAAGAAUAAAACAUCUCUGUAUAGCCUACUUACAUUGUAAGCAUGUCCCGUGUAAAAUUGCUAAUGUAAUAAUGUAUGAACCUGUAGUCUGUGAGCUUUUUUCCUCUUUCUUUUUGUAAGUUCUGUGAGGAUUUGAUGUUAUAUUUUUUUUGUAUAUAAAGUUAAGAAUAUGUACAUACUUGUGAACCAAAUUGUACAAGAAAGUCUAUAUUUUUGGCUAAUAAAUGAACUGCUGCAACUUAAAGAAAAAAAAA